UGCUCGCGAUCGUCAUGAGCGUCAGCGGGCUCCGCUUUUCCUUUUAGAUUAGAGAACGAGCACGCAGUUGAUCGAGCGAUCUUCAGUCAGAAUCAGUCGCGCAAUAGUUUAAUUUCGCUGAACGUUAACCUUUAAUUCGCCGCGCCGUGCCACGCGGGAUUUUACAUAACCGCGUUCUCAUCCCGGAGAAUAGUUCGCUAUCGGCUUCGAUCGCUCAUGAUCGAUCGCUCUCGCGUAACUGGACUCUUUCAACGAGACUCGUUCCGUUAUAUUGCCAAGUAUUCGUAUUUACAAUUACCGGAGUAUGAUGGAAAUAUCUAGAAUUCUUGCAUAAGAAUACAUUUGCAUUUCGUUAUCGUUCACGGUUGCUUAACCAUCUUUACCUAUUAAUGUUAUCUGAACCAUGGUGCUUUAAGAAUUAAAUGUUGAUCCUUUCGUUUCUUCGAAAUGAUACGGAACGAGAAGCGAAUGUAACUGGCGAUUGCAUCAGAAGUUAUUCAAGAUGCACAGACUACCCACGAUGUUGAGAGGAGCCGCCCUGCGGCAGCUGCAGGCGCGCACCUACGCCAAAGAUGUGCGUUUCGGGGCGGAGGUUCGUGCCUUGAUGUUGCAGGGUGUAGACAUUCUGGCGGACGCCGUCGCCGUGACGAUGGGCCCCAAGGGACGUAAUGUUAUUCUAGAACAGAGCUGGGGAAGCCCGAAGAUCACGAAGGAUGGCGUGACCGUGGCAAAAGGUAUCGAACUGAAGGACAAGUUUCAGAAUAUCGGAGCAAAGCUAGUACAGGAUGUUGCUAAUAAUACCAAUGAGGAGGCUGGCGACGGUACCACAACCGCAACUAUAUUAGCUAGAGCGAUAGCCAAAGAGGGAUUCGAAAAGAUCAGCAAAGGUGCCAAUCCUGUAGAAAUCAGACGAGGUGUAAUGUUAGCUGUAGACAAAGUCAAAGAUGAGUUGAAAACUCUGAGCAAGCCUGUCACGACACCCGAAGAGAUCGCCCAGGUAGCAACGAUAUCCGCCAACGGUGACAAGGCCGUCGGCAAUCUAAUCUCGGACGCCAUGAAGAAGGUCGGAAAGGAAGGCGUGAUCACUGUGAAGGACGGCAAAACGCUCAUCGACGAGCUGGAGGUCAUAGAAGGGAUGAAAUUCGACAGAGGCUACAUCUCCCCAUACUUUAUCAAUUCCAGUAAGGGAGCCAAGGUCGAGUUCCAGGACGCGCUUCUUCUUUUCAGCGAGAAGAAGAUUUCUUCCGUUCAGAGCAUUAUACCCGCUCUGGAAUUGGCAAACUCUCAGCGCAAACCUCUCGUUAUAAUCGCCGAAGAUGUGGAUGGCGAGGCUCUGUCGACCCUGGUCGUUAAUCGUUUGAAGAUCGGGUUGCAGGUGGCCGCAGUUAAAGCCCCUGGUUUCGGCGACAAUAGGAAAGCUACUCUUCAGGAUAUGGCAAUAUCUACCGGUGGCAUUGUUUUCGGUGACGAUGCUAAUCUCAUUAAAUUGGAAGACGUCCAGCUAAGUGAUUUGGGUCAAGUGGGAGAAGUUAGCAUCACAAAAGACGACACUCUCUUUCUAAAGGGCAAAGGAAAGAAAACCGAUAUCGAUAGGAGAGCUGAUCAGAUCAGGGAUCAGAUCGAAAAUACCACAUCCGACUAUGAGAAGGAGAAGUUACAGGAACGUCUCGCGAGGCUAGCGUCCGGUGUCGCUGUCCUGAAAGUUGGCGGAAGCAGCGAGGUAGAAGUCAACGAGAAGAAGGACCGUGUGCACGAUGCUCUCAACGCCACUCGUGCUGCCGUCGAGGAGGGAAUUGUUCCCGGAGGUGGCACUGCAUUGUUGAGAUGCAUACCGAUGCUACAACAGCUCAAGGCUGUGAACGGUGAUCAGGAGACCGGAAUCAGGAUCGUAGCGAAUGCUUUGCGUAUGCCAUGUCUGCAGAUCGCACAGAAUGCUGGCGUCGACGCUAGCGUUGUGGUAGCCAAAGUAAGCGAGGGCAAGCUCGGCUACGACGCCCUGAGGGACGAAUACGUCGAUAUGAUCGAAAAAGGCAUCAUCGACCCCACGAAAGUCGUACGCACAGCACUUACGGACGCUGCCGGCGUGGCGUCGUUGCUGACGACAGCAGAAGCGGUCGUCACUGAGAUUCCCAAGGAAGAACCGCAACCGCCGAUGGGCGGUAUGGGCGGUAUGGGUGGAAUGGGUGGCAUGGGUGGCAUGAUGUAAAAAGAGAAAUGUAAAGACUGAGAAAAAGACAGCCAGCCUGUGUGUCGCUUGAUCUUGUUCGUAAUGAAACAUGAUUAUGCCGCGCAACAUAUUGUUCAAAUAGUUUAUAAUGACGGAUUCCGUUCGAACGGAAUAGAGAAGAUAACCGUACAGUUUCAUACAAUAUGUAUUUUGAAACAUUUUAUUUACUGGCGAUAAAACGCUGUUCCCAUUUUAUUUUGGAAUCUGUAAUAUUGUUAUAAAUCCAUAUGCAAAUCGCUCAUUUCAUUUCACUUGAUAAAUGCAUGUAGUGCGUAUAUGAAUGUUUCAAAUACAGAUGCAUUUAAUAAUGUAAAACAAAAGGUUGCUAUGUGAAACAAACUUGUUGACACGUGUUUAUACAGAAUGUGGAAUUACGAUGAAAUAACAAAUUCAAUCAAUUAUAUGAUAAUUUUUAAACCGAUUAUUCUGUCUUGUUAUAUUCCCAAUAUUCCAGAUUAUAAAUUGUUUCACAAAAAGCCUGAUACAAAAAAUGAGCAGUUUGUUCAAUAUUUUAUACAGUUUUCUAGUAUAGUAGAUAUUCAUUAAAGACACAAAUGUAAAAAUAAAUGUGUGUGUUAAUUGUGAAAGGUUAAUUAAUUUAGGCUUUCAUAAUUUUGUAAUUGUUAAAUUUAUUUUCCAUCUGAAUAAAUGUAUGUUUAAAUUACAAAUUUACCUCUCAAGUCUUACUAAAUGUUACAAGCUAUUAUGGUAAAUGAAUAAAUAAUAAGAUCGUUAAGUA